AUGGGGACGGAGGGCGGCGGAAUGGUGCGCGCGGACCUGCUGGAUCUGAGCACCAUGGACGCGCUGGGGGGCGGGGGAGGCGCAGCCGCCAAGGGGAAGGCGGACGGGGGAGCGGCGGAGAAGGCGGAGGGCGGACUGGGCAAGGCGGCGGCGAAGGUUGCGGAUGAGAGCGGAGGCGCGGCGCCGUGGACGCUGGAUAUGAGUAAGGUGAUGUGCACGAACCAGCUGGCGGCGGGCGCGUUCGGGAAGGUGUAUCACGGGCUGUACGAGGGCGAUGACGUGGCGGUGAAGCUGCUGAACGUGCCGGCGGACAUGGCGGCCAAGGACCUGGAGGGACUCAAGAGCUCCUUCCUGCAGGAGAUCAAAGUGUGGCACACGCUCUCCCACCCCAACGUCGUGCAGUUCAUAGGCGCGUCGCUUAACGCGGGGAAUAUCCGCGCGCCGAGCGACGCGAAGCCGCCGCCGGGGCAGCCGCUGUGGGCGAUCGUGACGGAGUACAUGGGCGGGGGCACGCUGCGCGGGUACCUCGCCCGCCGCGGCAAGCUUCCGCCCAAAGAGAGCGUCCGCCUCGCGCUGCACAUCGCGCGCGGCCUCUGCUACCUGCAUGCGCGCGACGUGGUGCAUCGCGACCUCAAGUCCGACAACCUGCUGCUGGACCACAAAGGGGCGGUCAAGAUCGCGGACUUUGGCGUGGCGCGCACGGAGGCCAAGAACCCCAACGACAUGACCUGUGAAACCGGCACCGUGCGCUGGAUGGCGCCCGAGGUGAUAGACCACAAGCCGUACACGCGCAAGGUGGACGUGUACAGUUUUGGCAUCGUGCUGUGGGAGUUGGUCACCAGCGAGCUGCCCUUCAAGGGCCUCACCUUCAUCCAACUCGCCUUCAACGUCGUCAACAAGAACAUGCGACCGGAGGUGCCAGCGGGGUGUGAGCCGGAGCUAGCAGCGUUGAUGCAGGAGUGUUGGGAUGCGGAGGCGGACAAGCGCCCCGAGUUCACGCAGGUGGUGGCGCGCCUGGAGGCACUGCAGCACCGCCUGGGCGGCACCAUGGACGCUCAGGGUGGGUGCUGCACGCUGCUCUGA